UGUUUUCCUUUUUCUUAUCAAGGACAAGUGUUGAAACUUUCAAAAUGUCAUCUAUCAAGCACCUAGUUUAUGCAGUUAUUCGAUUCUUACGGGAACAAAGUCAGACGGAUGGUUAUACUUCAGAUGAACAGGAAAGUUUGGAAGUUGCAAUUCAGUGCUUGGAGACAGUCUUUAAAAUCAGCCCAGAAGAUACACACCUGGCAGUUUCGCAGCCUCUGACGGAAAUGUUCACACGUUCCUUCUGUAAGAAUGACACUCUGCCUCUCUCAAACUCAGUACCUGACGAUGUGGGAAAAGCUGACCAAUUAAAAGAUGAAGGCAAUAACCACAUGAAAGAAGAAAAUUACGCUGCUGCAGUGGAUUGUUACACACAGGCGAUAGACCUAGAUCCAAACAAUGCCGUUUAUUACUGCAACAGGGCUGCUGCUCAGAGUAAGUUAGGUCACUACACUGAUGCAAUAAAGGACUGUGAAAAGGCAAUAGCGAUCGACUCAAAGUACAGCAAGGCCUAUGGGAGAAUGGGGCUGGCCCUCACUGCCAUGAACAAGUUUGAAGAAGCAGUUACAAGUUAUCAAAAGGCAUUAGACCUUGACCCUGAAAACGAUUCCUAUAAGUCCAAUCUGAAAAUAGCAGAACAGAAGUUGAGAGAGGUAUCCAGUCCUACAGGAACGGGACUGAGCUUUGAUAUGGCCAGCUUAAUCAAUAACCCAGCCUUCAUCAGUAUGGCAGCAAGUUUAAUGCAGAAUCCUCAAGUUCAGCAGCUAAUGUCAGGAAUGAUGACAAAUGCCAUUGGAGGACCUGCUGCUGGAGUUGGGGGCCUAACUGACCUGUCCAGCCUCAUCCAAGCGGGACAGCAGUUUGCUCAGCAGAUACAGCAACAGAAUCCUGAACUUAUAGAGCAACUGAGAAAUCACAUCCGGAGCAGAUCAUUCAGCAGCAGCGCCGAAGACCACUCCUGACCGACAAGGACCCUAGGGUGCAAAUGGCCAUGGCUCCGCUGAUGUGUCUGCUGUAGAUAGUGGCCAAAAAACAAAAACAAAACAUCUAAACAAAUCUGUCUAGACAGUAGGUUUAUCACAAACAGACUUGAACACAUGCCUCCUUUGUAAACAAGUGGUCAGUAGCCAUGUACGUGCCAAUAUAGCACUGGACAGGGUUCCAUUUUCAAAUCUUCAUCAUCACAUCUGUAUAUUAGGCUUAAUAGCGUAAGGCUGUUUGUUGGUGAGUUCUCUGGCUCCCAGUCCUCUUAGCAAACCUUCAGAAAGGGAAGAUGGCCAAGAGGAGAGGGCUCACAUGCUGGGUUAGGAGGAAGGUACCUGCUACUGAGCAGCACGUCUGCCAAGGAGAAAUUUGUUACCUAGGAUUAGUGUUAAUAGUGCUACCAGGACCAGAACAUGUACAUAGGGGCCAGUCCUGUUUCCAGUGCUGCUUGUUUCAGUGGGUGGCAGGGAAUCCAAGAGCUGGUGGACAGCAGAACUUGGAGGAAGGGAAGAAAGAAUAGAUGCUAUGAAUGUGUAUAAAGUGAAGGUAGGUGGGAUGCUCAGGUUUUUGCAUAGUUCUUAACUAACCUUGCCUGCAGUUUGGUAUUUAUAACAUCAGCAUGGCCAGUUAUGCUAUGUACAUAAUAAAAUGCAUUUAGAAAUCCUUAAUGGUCUGCUUAGGUCAGUCAUUUAUUCAGUUUAACUAGCACAACUUCCCCACUGAUGACCUUACCAUGGAAACUCUCUCAAAUAUACCUACAUUUAAAUAAGUCAAUGACUUGGCUCUUGAGUUAAGGAUUUUCUAAGUGGCAUUUAAUUAUGUGCUCAUAAACACUGAUUUUUUAAAAAUUUAGUAAUUAUUUGAUGGGUUACAGAAAGCAUCUGUCAUUAACAAUGCUUGUUUGUGUAAUCCUCUGUUAUGAUUUGGUUUGGCAUGUUGCUUUUAUGCUUAACCUUAAUUUGAUGCAACUUAAACAUAAUAGGGGACUUAAAAUAUAUUGAAAUUAGAAUAGAUAUCAGUGGAGAGAAAUGGCAUUGUUAUAAUGGUAUUAAUGGCAUGGCUCUAACUAUAGUGAUGGAUGAGACUUCUAACUGGAACUUCUUUUGUGAAUUAUGAAAUAGGUCAAGUUGGGGAGAUGCGUAGUGAUUUCACAAGUGUUGUGAGAGAAAACUGAAAAAUAAUGUAAUAUUGAAUUAGUUAUGCUGGUAAUAAUUAGGGCCUUAUUAUAACUAUUCUCCUCAAAAGAUGACUUAUUUCGAAGUUUAAAACCCAACUCUUCCCUUGUUUCCCUUUGUGAGAUUAGACCAGUGGUUCUAUAAUUUCCCUGUAAGAGCUACCUGGCGAAUUUGCUGAAAAUGCAGAUUCAGGACCACACUUGCCAUUUUUAUAUAGUGGAUCCUGUAAAAAGGUCCGAGCAGCACCAUUUUAAACAGUACACCAGGUGGUUCUGAUAUAGAUCCAAAGACUCUAAAUUUAGAGUGAGCAACACUGAAUUAGAGAUUUCUCCUCAAUUAGACCAGCAAAUACCUAAUCCCCAACCCCCCACCCCUUGGGCUUAUGCUACAACGAAGACUUAUAUGAACCUACAGUUCUGUCCAGAGAAGAGCAGGACUUAAGUCUUAGGCCUUCUGAAUUAAAUCUCCUAUAUUCCAUCUAAACCAACUAAAUUUUUCAUAAAUUCAGCUCCUAGUGUUGAAGUAUUACACAGAAUGAAAGUGAUGACAUUGAUGAAAAAAAGCAAAGCUGAUCCUUAAUUAAAAAUUAGUCACUCUUAUCCAAUGUUGAGUAAGAAAGUUUCUAGCAUAGCUAUCUUGAGGACAUUAAAAGUGCUUUCAGAUUGAUAAACUGGUAAGCCUCUAGCUCACUGACCAGGAAAAGAAAAUACAAAUCAAUAUCAGAAGUGAAGGAGGGAUAUCAGCGCAGACCCUGUAGACAUUAAAAGGAUCAUUAAAAAAUGACAACCAAUUUUAGGUUCAUAUAGUCAACAAUAUUCCUUAUAAAAUAGAAAGUACUAAAGCUCACUGAAGAAACAGGUAUCCCCCAGAAAAGAAAGCUCCAGUCCCAAACAGUUUCAUUGGGGAAAUCCACCAAAAAAUUAAGGGGGAAAUAAUCUCAAUCUACACAACCUCCCAGAAAACAGGAGGAGAUAUUUCACAAUCAUUUUAUACACCCACUACUCUGAUACCAAAAUCAGCAAAGACAUUAUAAGCAAAACCCUUUAGAACAAUGUCGUGAUUGCUAGCACCUGCUGUGAAGACAGCCUUUUCCCAGCAGGAGUCAGUGUGUUUGGUCCUGUCACCUAUCCAGGUUGUGUCUUUGUGAAUGUGCCGCAUAAUGAGCUCAGCCUACGUGGAUCUGCUCACUCACCUGGUUCCCACCUGAUUCAGGCCACUUUUGAUCUUCCAGUACCUUCCUCACUUUGGAAUCACUGCAUUUCAAUGAAGUUUUGUGUAGUUGGAUUAUACUUGCUACUCAUUAUAAGAAAUGCCCCAAAUAUUAUUCUUGCUCAUCUGAAACAGGGCAUUAAAGUGAAUCUUUAAUAUACAGUCUCCUUAGGGAUGACUGACUUCCAUGAACCAUUUCAUUGCUGUAGCUAUUAUGAUGCUAUGUAAAACUUAAAAUUUUUUUUAUGCAAAUGAUGUUUUCAUUUAAUGUACCAAAUUAUCUAAUUUUUAUAAUAUGGUUUAAACAAGAUCCUUUCUAAAAUGAGAUUAUCUAAUUUUUAUUUAAAGAAUGAACCAUAUAUGUCUAGGUUAUUGCUUGCAAAAAGAUACUUUGUAAUUAAAUCAAAUAUGGCAGAUUCCAAGUGACCAUUAUAUGUUACAUUUUAAAUUUGAAGCAGAGUGAGACAGAAGGUUCAGUCAUGAGAAGAUGCUUGAAAAGCCAGGGAAGCACCCAGUGCAGGGGCUAUAAAGUCUUAUCAUUAAUCAAUCUUGUUCGUUUGGGAAGGGAGAUGGAUGUUGCACACUGCUUGCAUUUUAUUUUGCAUUUCAUCAAUUAUAAUUUAAGGAGCAAAUCUCACCUGAAUAUAGCUUUCAUUUUGGACCAAUUUGUCAUGGCAAUAAAUAAUUACGCACUUAAGAAAAA